CUUUAGGCAGAACACCCUUACCUAUUCCUACUCAGAAAUUUAGUGAGGUCUCAAAAAUAGAACAAAGGGAAAAGGAAAGGUUGCAAAGGGAGGAAGAAAAAGACGUAGAAAAAAAAAAAGAAAUCCGCUGAAAAAGAUCCUUCCCUUUUUUCCGAAGAAAAAGGUAUUUUGGAAAAAGAAUUGGACUUGAAGGUAAAUGAACCAGACUUGGAAGGGUCUGAUUCCGAAUUGGAAAUCCUUGAAAAAAAUGAAAAUAAAGAACAUAUUGUGGCUCUUCUUUUUGAUUAUAAAAGAUGGACUCGCCCAUUUCGUUACAUAAAAAAUAAUAGACUUGAACAAGCUGUAAGAAACGAAAUGGCACAAUAUUUCUUUGACAUACAUAAAAGUGAUGGAAAAGAUAGAAUAUCUUUUACCCAUCCGAUAAGUUUAUCAACGUUUUUUCAAAUAAUCAAAACAAAGAUACCCCUUUUGUCACUAGAAAAAGAUAUUUCUAAUACAUUGGACAAUUUUUGGGUUUCUAGAAACAAACAAAAAUUAAAUUCUAUAAAAAUUGAUUUGCUAAAUCGAAUUAAAAAUCUUGACAAACCAGUAGCAGUUCCAAUAAUCGAAAUUGAAACAAACAAAACGCGAUUAUGUAUACACAAUGAUGAGACUAGAAAAGAAUACUUACCAGAAAAGUAUGAUCCCUUGUUAAAUGGGCCUUCCCGCGGAAGAAUAAAAAAAGAUAUCACGUCGAUAAACGAUACUUCGAUCAAAAAGUUGAGAGAGAAGGUUAUGCUAAAUAGACUUCAUGCUUUAUUGUUGAUGUCUACUUUUGAAAAAAAGGAAAAAAAACCAUUACAAGUUGGUGAGUUCUCAACUUUAUCAUCAAGUUUCAAUUUAACGGAUUCAGAACAACUAACAAAAUUUUUAGUAAAUGCAAUUGAGACAGACGAUAAAAAAUCUUCUGCAAUAGAAAAAAUAGGUAAAGAAGAAAUUGGUAAAAAAGUCCCCCGAUGGUCAUACAAAUUAAUAACUGAAUUGGAACAAAUAUCGUAUUUUACAAAUCCACCAGAUGAUCAUGAUAUUCGUUCAAGAAAAGGGAUCAGUGUAUUAAUUUUUGAAGAACCUAAGACUCUCAAAGAUAAGACUACAAACAAAGAUAAGAAUACAAAAGAUACAAAUAUUCAAGCUAUAAAAUCCGACGAUAAUGAGAAAGAUAAAAAUAUUAAAAAGAAAAAGGAAGAUGAGGAUAAUAAGCUUUUUUUAUUACGAUAUCCGCACCAAUCUGAUUUUCGCCAAGGCUUAAUAAAAGACUCUAUGCGAACUCAAAGACGUAAAAUAGUUAUUGAGGGACUUUUUAAAGCAAAUGCGCAUUCCCCUCUUUUUUUUGACAGGAUGAGGAAAAAAAACCUUUUUUUCUCUACCAUACCUGGCUCAACUGAAACGGCUUUUUAGAAAAUGGUCAUCCAUAAAAGAGUUUGGGAUUUUAGAAUCUACAGAGGAAAAAAAAAUAAUAAUAAAAAGAGAAACCAAAAAGGAAAAAAAAACGACGAGAGGAAAUAGAACGGUUAGAGAUAGGGGAAGCCUGGGAGACUUUUCCAUAUACCCAAAUAAUAAGAGGUUUUUUAUUAAUAACCCAAUCAAUUCUCAGAAAAAAGAUUCUAUUACCUUCAUUCAUAAUCGGUAAAAAUAUCGGGCGUAUGCUACUAUUUCAAACUCCUGAAUGGUCUGAAGAUUUAAAGGGAUGGAAUAGAGAAACGCAUGUGAAGUGUACUUAUAAUGGUAUUCCGUUAGCUGACAAAAAAUUUCCGGAAAAUUGGUUGACAGAAGGUAUUCAAAUCAAAAUUUUAUUUCCUUUCUGUCUCAAACCUUGGCACGAAUAUAAAUCGCUAAAUUCUCGUGAUGACUUUUGUUUUUUAACAGUUUGGGGAAGGGAAACAGAACACCCUUUUGGUCAUCCACGACAAAAACCUUCGUUUUUUAAGCCUGUUUUUAAGGAACUUUACAAAUUUGUAAAAGUAAAAAUUAAAUUUUUAAAAAAGUUUUCAAAAAAAAACACAAGUUCAAAAGAAACAAGAACAAUACACCCGAGUGUAAUAAAAAAUGAAAAAGAUGAUCUAAUAAAUAACCAGAUAAUGAAUCAACCCUUGAGUAAAAUUGAAAAAAUUACAGAUUGGAAAAAUUAUUCACCGAUAGACAAAAUGCAGGCUAUCACUCAUAGGACAAGUACAAUUAAAAAAAAACUAGAAAGAAUUACGGAAGAUAAGAAAAGGGUCACUCUAGAACUUGAUAUGAACCCUUACAAAAAAAAGUUCGAGAUUAGCCUUGUCAAAAAAUUUUUGUCAAAUGUUGAAAAAAAAAAAAAAUAGAUUAAUAUAUAAAUUUAAUUAUUUUAUAAAAUUAUUUAUUCAAAGAAUAUCUAAUUGUAUUUUUUUAUAUACUAUAUCUAUUUGCCAAAUGACUCAAAAAGUCUUUGUGGAAUCAACAAAAAUGAACUCUCUUUCAAAUUCAAAUAUAAAAACGCAUAAUAAUAAGCUUUAUAAGGAAAAUUCAGAGAGUUUUGGUGAUUUAUCCAACUUGUCACAAGCAUAUGUAUUGUACAAAAUAUCAGAAAGGGGUUUUUUGAACGUACGUAAUUUCAUAUCUGUUCUUCAACAAAAUGGAACAUCUUUCUUGAUUAAAAAGAAAAUAAAAGACUCAUUUCAUACACAAGGA